AUGUCAGGUUUGUAUAAUCAGAAUUUCUCUCAUGCUAGAGCUGCUUCUCCUCAGAUUAGAACCAGCUCAGAAGUUGACAGUCAGUAUCUAUCAGAGUUGCUGGCAGAACAUCAGAAACUUGGACCUUUUCUGCAAGUGCUUCCUAUAUGUAGCCGUCUUUUGAAUCAAGAAAUAUUGAGAGUUUCUGGAAUGUUGUCCAACCAAGGUUUUGGUGACUUAGAUAGACUGCAGCAUAGAAGUCCUAGUCCUAUGACUUCUUCAAACCUCAUGUCUAAUGUCUCUGCGACGGGAAUCGGUGCAUGGAAUAGUCUUCAGCAGGAGAGAAUAAUUGGACCCGCUGGAAUGAAUAUGGACUGGCAAAGUGCACCCGCAAGUCCUAGUUCAUUCACCGUGAAGAGAAUAUUGCGCUUGGAAAUUCCAGUAGAUACAUUCCCCAACUUUAAUUUUGUUGGAAGACUUCUGGGACCAAGAGGCAAUUCUUUGAAACGCGUAGAAGCUACUACUGGUUGCCGCGUGUAUAUUAGAGGAAAAGGAUCGAUAAAAGAUCCGGACAAGGAAGAAAAGUUACGAGGAAGACCAGGCUAUGAGCAUCUCAAUGAACCUCUACACAUAUUGAUUGAGGCUGAUUUGCCUGCUAAUGUUGUUGACUUAAGGCUCAGACAGGCUCAAGAAAUCAUAGAAGAAUUACUCAAACCUGUGGAUGAGUCAGAAGACUUUAUUAAGAGGCAGCAGUUGCGGGAAUUAGCUCUUCUGAAUUCAAAUUUCAGAGAAGAGAGUCCAGGGCCAAGUGGCAGUGUGUCCCCAUUCAAUUCAAGUGGAAUGAAACGUGCAAAACCGGGUCGCUAA